CGCCGCUCGUUGGCUCGCGUUGCCGCACAAGGGAAACCCUCGCCGCCGCCGUCGCCGUCGCCGUCGGAGAUGACGUCCGUGCGCGCCGUCGGGUCGACGCUGCCGUCGAUCCGCGCGGCGGCGGAGCUGGCGCGGCAGGAGCUGCUGCGGCGGGAGCUGGUGGAGUGCCAGCUCGUGGCGGGCAUCUGGUGCCACGGCUUCACGGUGGCGCAGCUGCGGAGCAUCCGGGCCAGCCUGCCGCCGACGGCGCGGCUGGUGGUGGCGAAGAACUCCGACGUGGCGGCGGCCGUGGCGGGGACGCGGUGGGAGGCGGUGCGGCCGUUCGCGCGGGGCAUGAACGCGUGGCUGUUCGUCCGGUCCGACGAGAUCCCGCCGGCGCUCCGGCCGUACCGCGACUUCCAGAAGGAGUGGAAGCUGCAGCUCAACGACUUCACCGGCGCCGUCUUCGAGGGCCGCCUCUACAGCCCCGACGACUUCGCCAAGCUCGAGUCCAUGCCCACCAGGUUGCAGUCCUACCAGUACCUCCUCGGCUGCCUCCAGAUGCCAGCCGUCUCCGUCCUCGCCGCGCUCCGAGCCCGCCAGGAGGCCAUGGCGCAGCCGCCGGCCGCCGCCGGCGAGCCAGCUCCAGCGCCGGCGCCGGACAAGUGAUCAUACUAGUACAACUUUUUCUUCCCUUUUUUCCUUUUUCUUCUGCAAAUUUGUGUUGCAGAAGAAACCACUCGUAGCCCAUAAAAAAGAAAGGCAUUUGCAUUGCAGAUCUUUCCAUGUUGAUGUUUUGCAAACAAUUGCGAAUUUGCGAAUGAUGUCACAUCUUGGCACCUGGUUAAUCAUGA